AUGUUUGACAACACGCAGUACCCCUACAACUGCUUCAAUUACGAUGGGGAUGAUUAUCCUACCUGUAGUUCUGACGAAGAGAAAAAAUUCACCAGACCAGCGUACAGCUACAUUGCCUUAAUUGCAAUGGCCAUCCAGCAAAGCCCUUCAAAUAAAGUCACCCUCUCUGGCAUUUAUGACUUUAUAAUGAAGAAAUUUCCUUACUACAGAUCAAAUCAAAGAGCCUGGCAGAACUCCAUCCGACAUAACUUAUCGCUUAACAGUUGUUUUGUGAAGGUUCCCAGAACAGAAGGGAAUGAGAAGGGGAAAGGAAACUAUUGGAGCUUUGCAGCAGGAUGCGAAUCCAUGCUGGAUCUCUUUGAAAACGGGAAUUACAGGAGAAGACGGAGGAGGAGGAACGUGAAAAAGGAGCACAAGGAGCAGAGACCGAGCAGAGUGAAAAGUCCUUCAUCCCCCAGUAUCUCUUCUGUGGACUCUGCUUUGAGCAACAUUUCCUCUUCUGAAAGUAAACAUGAAAGAAUUGAACCGGGUCCAAAACUUCUGGAGCCUUGUGGGUUUGCUCCAAACAGCGUGACCAGCAGGCAGAGCCUGAGCAGCUCCUCCCUAGCAAAAUCGGAUUCUGAAAUCAAAUUCAGCAUCGAUUACAUCCUUUCAGCCCCCGACCCUUUGCCUGUCCUGAGGUCUCAGUAUAACAUGCAAGAAAAUAAAUAUCACCUCCUGGAGGCCCCGCAUAUUAAUCUCCAGUUCUGGACAAUGUGA